AGCAGCAGCAGAACUCACAUCACACAGCAGCAGGCAGCGCGUUGGGAAAAAAGUACUGCGAAAAAAAUUUGUUUAAACACAAAGUGAUCGCUACGUUGUUUAGCAAAUGCAAUAAAAGUUUGCAUCGUGGAUUGUGCAAAUGAAAUAAGUUGGAAACUACAAUUUCUAUUCCGGUGUGCCCAAAUAAUUGCCGUCGUCUGUGACAAAAAAAUAGUAGUAGCCUUUUCCACUGCCCAUUUGCGCUUUUCAUUUUGCACGCUGCUUCGCUACGCUUUUUGGCGAACUCUGGAAUUGAUCCAGCAGCCAACCAACCGGGUAGCCAACAACAAUAACAAAACGUUUGACAAGCGGUGCCCCGACUUUUUAGCUGAAGAAGGAGCUAGCAGCUAGCCAAAAAUCCAUCAAAAUUAACGCGGACACAGCUGAGCGACGCAGACGCGAACGCUGCUUCUAUUACAAAAAGAUGGCGAUGUUAACGACCGAAGAGGCGAGCAAGUUGCUCGACUUCUCACAGAAGUUGGAUAUAAAUUUGCUCGAUAAGAUUGUCGAGGUAUUGUAUUCAGCUCAGGGUGAACAACAGCGACUGGCGCAAGAUAUACUCACCACACUGAAAGAGCAUCCAGAGGCAUGGACACGGGUCGACAGCAUACUCGAAUAUUCACAGAAUCAACAAACUAAAUUCUAUGCGCUCCAAAUACUUGAGGAGGUAAUCAAGACGCGCUGGAAGGUUUUGCCGCGCAAUCAGUGUGAAGGCAUUAAGAAAUAUGUGGUCAGUCUGAUCAUUAAAACAUCCUCGGAUCCGGCUAUCAUGGAGCAGAACAAAGUUUAUUUGAACAAACUGAAUAUGAUACUGGUGCAGAUAUUAAAACGUGAGUGGCCACGUAAUUGGGAAACGUUCAUCAGUGACAUUGUGGGCGCGUCCAAGACAAAUGAGAGUUUGUGCAUGAACAAUAUGGUCAUAUUGAAGAAUCUGAGCGAGGAGGUGUUUGACUUUUCAAUUGGCCAAAUAACGCAAACAAAGGCGAAGCAUUUAAAGGAUACCAUGUGCUCGGAAUUCUCGCAAAUAUUUACGCUAUGCUCCUUUGUGCUGGAGAACUCAAUGAAUGCAGCACUUAUACAUGUCACGUUGGAGACGCUGUUACGUUUCCUUAACUGGAUACCGUUGGGCUACAUCUUUGAGACAACGCUUAUCGAGACGCUAAUCUUCAAGUUUCUUAGCGUGCCCAUGUUUCGCAAUGUAACCCUGAAGUGCCUGUCGGAAAUUGCCGGUUUGACCGUUCCCAAUUACAACGAGAACUUUGCCACACUAUUUAAGGACACUAUGGUGCAGUUGGAUCAGAUUAUUGGGCAAAAUAUGAACAUGAAUCAUGUAUUCCAGUGUGGCAGUGAUACGGAACAGGAAUUUGUUCAGAAUCUGGCCAUGUUCUUGUGCACGUUCCUUAAAGAGCACGGAAAACUGGUGGAGGAUGCCAAAUAUGUCGAUUAUUUAAAUCAGGCACUAAUGUAUUUGGUAAUGAUCAGCGAAGUGGAAGAUGUAGAGGUCUUCAAGAUUUGUCUAGAGUAUUGGAAUAGCUUGGUUGAGGACCUGUACAAUACUGAGUUCUUCCAUCCCAAUCUGGACAGCUCAAAACGGCAGCAAGUUUAUCCAAGGAGGCGCUUCUAUGCAGCCAUUUUGUCAAAGGUGCGCUUCAUUAUGAUUUCACGAAUGGCUAAGCCGGAGGAAGUGCUCGUGGUCGAGAACGAGAACGGCGAGGUGGUGCGAGAAUUUAUGAAGGAUACCAAUUCAAUUAACUUGUAUAAGAACAUGCGUGAGACUUUGGUAUUCUUGACGCAUUUGGAUUGUGUGGACACUGAUCGCAUUAUGACGCUUAAGCUUAUGAAUCAAGUCAACGGCACCGAGUUUUCUUGGAAGAAUCUGAACACGUUGUGCUGGGCCAUCGGCUCCAUAUCGGGUGCUUUCUGCGAGGAGGACGAGAAACGUUUCCUCGUCACUGUCAUCAAAGAUCUGCUUGGCUUGUGCGAGCAGAAAAAGGGCAAGGAUAACAAGGCGAUAAUCGCAUCCAACAUUAUGUACGUGGUUGGCCAGUAUCCGCGGUUCUUGCGAGCGCAUUGGAAAUUCCUCAAAACAGUGGUAAACAAGCUCUUUGAAUUUAUGCACGAAACGCACGAUGGUGUCCAGGAUAUGGCAUGCGAUACGUUCAUUAAAAUAGCCAUCAAGUGUCGUCGCUACUUUGUCACCAUACAACCGAAUGAGGCCUGCACUUUCAUCGAUGAGAUAUUGGGCUCGAUGAGCAGCAUUAUUUGUGAUCUACAGCCGCAGCAGGUGCAUACCUUCUAUGAGGCAGUUGGCUACAUGAUCUCCGCCCAGGUUGAUCAGGUGCAACAGGAUGCGCUUAUUGAACGCUACAUGAUGCUUCCCAAUCAGGUCUGGGACGAUAUCAUCUCGCGCGCAUCAAAAAAUGUAGAUUUUCUGAAGAACAUGACAGCUGUCAAGCAAUUGGGCAGCAUAUUAAAGACGAAUGUAGCCGCGUGCAAGGCUCUGGGCCAUGCAUACGUAAUACAAUUGGGUCGGAUCUAUUUAGAUAUGUUGAAUGUGUAUAAAAUCACAUCGGAGAAUAUUAUACAGGCCAUUGAGCUAAAUGGCGUGAAUGUGAACAAUCAACCAUUGAUCAAAUCAAUGCAUGUCGUUAAGAAGGAAACACUCAACUUAAUCUCCGAAUGGGUUUCACGAUCCAAUGAGAAUCAACUGGUAAUGGACAACUUCAUACCGCCCUUGUUGGAUGCUGUUCUAAUGGACUAUCAGCGCUGUAAGGUGCCCUCGGCGCGUGAGCCAAAAGUGUUGAGCGCCAUGGCCACCAUUGUGCACAAGCUGCGACAGCAUAUCACCAAUGAAGUACCAAAAAUCUUCGAUGCCGUCUUCGACUGCACGCUGGACAUGAUCAAUAAGAACUUCGAGGAUUUCCCACAACAUCGUCUAAGCUUCUACGAGCUGCUGCAGGCCGUCAAUGCGCACUGUUUCAAGGCGUUCCUCAACAUACCCCCGGCACAGUUCAAACUGGUCUUUGACUCUGUGGUGUGGGCCUUCAAACACAGCAUGCGUAAUGUUGCUGAUAUGGGUUUGAACAUACUGUAUAAGAUGCUGCAAAACUUGGAACAACAUCCGAAUGCUGCGCAAAGUUUCUAUCAGACAUAUUUUACGGACAUCCUUAUGCAAAUAUUCUCUGUUGUAACCGACACUUCGCAUACGGCCGGUUUGCCGAAUCACGCCAUUAUCCUGGCCUACAUGUUCUCAUUGGUGGAGAAUCGUAAGAUUACGGUGGACUUGGGUCCCAUACCCGACAAUAUGAUAUUCAUACAGGAAUAUGUUGCGUCACUGCUCAAGUCCGCAUUUAAUCACCUUUCGGAUAAUCAGAUUAAAGUCUUUGUAACUGGCCUGUUUAAUUUGGAUGAGAAUGUGCAAGCAUUUAAGGAGCAUUUGAGAGAUUUUCUCAUACAAAUACGCGAGGCCACUGGCGAGGAUGACUCUGACUUGUAUCUAGAGGAGCGUGAAUUGGCAUUGGCUGAGGAACAGGCCAAUAAACGCCAAAUGCAACGUAAUAUUCCGGGCAUGUUGAAUCCGCAUGAAUUGCCAGAGGAUAUGCAGGAUGAAUAGAUGCCGUUGAAAUGUUUCAUGUUAGUUGAAGCUCAUGAUUUUGAUUAUAAAAUGAUGCGAUGUAUGAGUGUUUCUCCGCAAUUUGGAGAAAGUAUAAAUGUUUGUUUGAUUGAAUGCAGAUAAGUUAAACGUUAUAUAUAUUUACUUAUAUACACAAACGCCCCCUCACACAUACACACACACACACACACAACCAUAAUACAACAAAUGCGUUUAUGUUGAUUGUGUAGAGCCGUAGCCGAAUAGUAACUAUCAAUCCCCACAAUAAAAAGUAACGAAAGCGGUUAAUCUGCGCGAUUACAUAAAUUAAUAUGAUAAACAUAUUAUGCGCAUUGACACACAUACACACAAACGUGACACCCCGCAUUGUAGCAAGCAAAAAA